AUGGCGACGACGACCGCAGCCGAGCCGGACGCAGACGUUGUCGCAGCCGCACCGCCGCUUGAGAGCAGCCCCGUCGUCGAUGCUGCACUGGAAGCACGCAUCGUGGCGCACUGUACCGUCCAUGUCGCGCCUGCUGCUUCUCAUGAGCGUGACCUCGUAACCGCAUUCCUCGCCACGCCUCGCGCAACUCAACGUGUUUUGAUACAACGACUUUUAGCCAAUCAGAGACUCGAUACAUUUUCCUCGCUAUUGUCAUUUUUCGUCCAAGUGAUUAUUGCCGCCCACGCGACGUCGCACGACGCAUACGUGGACGCUACUGCCGCAUGCGGCAUCCAAUCGCCGUCAAACGAGUCGGAGCUGCUCGGUAACCCGGUCGACUAUACAGCUGCCGAAUCACAGCGCGUGGCGCGCUUUUCUGCCUGCGUAGCGACCCAUUAUGGCAGUGUGAAGCGCCUGAAGUGCGAAGAAGUGUGGCACGGCGACCACAUGGCCUACCGCUGUCGCACGUGUGGCCUCUCGGACUCGAGCUGCAUGUGUUUGACGUGUUUCGACCCGGACGAGCACGAGGGACACGACUAUCGAGUGUAUCGCUGUUCGUCCGGUGGCUGUUGUGACUGUGGCGACGCGUUGGCGUGGAAACCGCAAGGGUUUUGCAAGAAACAUUGUGCUGCACAAGCAGAUACGGGUGGAAUCGGUCCGAGGAUGAUGGAUAUGGGCGCAGAAGAGUAUGCUGUGGUGCAGAUGGUGGUGAGGACAAGUAUGGGGUUUUGUGUCGAGACGUUGCGGCUAGUGUACGCUGCGUGCUUGAAACCACGUGCACACGAUCGUGUGGCGUCACGUAAGGGGUUGCCUCGAACUGGCGUGCUGCGUGCAUCGCUCUCGCCACUAGUCAAGGUGUACGUGGAUAGAAUGCAAGAGACACUCACGUGGCUGCAAAUGCUGUCGAUGAGCUGUCUGCAGUAUCGGAAGAUUAUCUCGGGUAUGUUCUUUGAAGAGUUGCCAGCGGAGUUUCACCUGAAUGGUGCUGUUGUGUCGGCUCGAGCUCUUGCGGGUACGGCCGAAACUUGUUCUCGGGAAGGGGAGUUUGAGGAAGGACCGAUCGACACAAUGCCGCUAAGUGACGAAUCGGAUGAUGAGAAAGUGGAAGAAGACACACUAGCGCAUGAACCACUGCUAAUGAUUGAUGUGUUCCUAAAAGCAGGGGUAUUGCUGCCUGUUGAGACGUGCGAUGUGCUUGGCGUGCUAUAUCUAAAGCUGCUGUUUGACCAAUCGUUCAAGCAAAUGUAUACUUGCCACUUUGUCGAGUGGUAUCCGUAUUUCAUAGAGCUGUACUUGGCUGCCAGCGACGCAAACAACGAGGACGGCAUGCGAAACCUGUCUCGAUUCAUCGAUCGGCUAUUCUGUCAGCUUUUCCACAGCAAUGCACAACUGCGUGAACUAGAAACUGUCUUUGCUUCGAUGCGACAAGGUUGUAAUGCCGUACACAAGGACCAACGAACCCAUGGUCGUCGGCGACGGCGGCAUGUCGACCACGUCUAUGGAAUUGCUGCUGUAGCAACUGAUUUGACGCCGUCAUCCUGUGUCGAGUGGUUGAUGGUGUUCUUGCUGGAAAAGCUCAAUGAUUUAUUUCGAAGUACUCUCCGGUUGAUGACAAUCCUGCCUCAGCCUUGCAUUGAUGGGAGCUUACCUGUCAUUGGCAGCACAAACGGUAGCAGCACAUCUACUGUGGGCUUAGGAACUGAGCCGGAGGCUCCUCCAGUUUUACGAACUGUCCAGACGGUGGACUGCGGAAGAAAUGUGUACAAGAAACGAAUCUAUGCGCGAUUGUGCUCAGAUCUACGAACAUUAUUGGUACAUCCACAGAUUGCAGCGGAAGUAUUGUUGAGGUCUUUUCGCUGCAUUGGCGGAGAAGACUGUGCUCUUCACGAGGCAUCAGUGUUCGCGCAGCUCAUGAAAGCCUUUGAGUUGCUUCAGCAAAUGGACUUGCAGACUCGUCACAUCCACCGGCAUAUCGAGUACGAGUCGCAGAACUGGACGUAUGCUUUUGUGGCAGACUACGAGCUCAAACUGUUGCUCAGCGCUUUUCUUACCGGCGUUCCCGCGUGCUUCUCGCGUGAGGUGUGGCAGACGAUUACAGCGGAUGACAGCAUGCGGAAGCAAAGAGCGACAGGAGUAAUGACGGGUGGAGCGGGGUUUAGUCCGCUAGAAAUGGACACUUUUCGACCCGUUGCACUGGCUCAAGCAAUUUUGCAACCCGUAAGGGAAGCGUUGGCUCAGUGGAUAAACCGCAACGGAAUACCUGAGUUCACUGCGGAAGCAGCAGAGUCGCACGCUGAUCGUGGAGAAGUUGCGACUGCGACGGAGGUGACCGCUCAGCUCAUGAAGUAUUAUGAGCAAGGAACAGCAGCUUUGUCUGGCGCAAGCGCAAAGAGUUUUCACUUUCCGCUCAAUCAAAUGUACGCAGCACUGAUUCACGCUCUGUGCGGUGUGGUGCGUCCUCAGACUUUGGACGAUUGGCGCGAUUUGCUCGGCAUGGGAUGUACGGAUACGGGAAAGCAAAAAGACUUGGCGUUUUGGUAUAGUGUGUUGGAUCACCCACUCCGUGUGCUCCUUUUUUCGAGAGAGAUUAAAGCAGGUCUUUGGACUCGAAAUGGCGGGGUGAUGCUGCAGCAGUUGGUUCAUUAUCAUUCCAAACACUGGCGAUUCUUCGGUCUUCACUCCGACGUGUUCCUUUGCCAACUGGGGGCUAUGCUCCUUCCCCACGGGAGCUUUACGCGCCUUUUCUUUCAUCAUUUGCCGUUUGGAAUCCGUAAUUCAUCUAUACUGGGACUGAGCUCGCCGAAUGAUACACAAACGGAUGCCAGCGAUGCCACUGCCAAUGCUGACCGCGGUCGCGAGCUUCGACAGGAGCUGGAUAUUGUAGAGGAGGCGCUGCGCCUUUUGCUUCAGCUGGUGCUUGCGCCCGUGAAAUUGGCGUCUGCGAGCUCACCUGACACAGCCGCGGCGUGGCUUCUAGAGCGCGAGAUCAUGCACUGGUUGACGCUGGGCCCAUCUACGCGUAGUGAGGUGGUCACGCGAACGGAUAUGAAGUUGGUGGAGCUGAUCAAGCAACUUUCAGCGCACGAGUGGGCCGAGCUGGAAGAAGAGGAGAUUCUGACGCACGUAUUGGAAAAAGUAGGUGUGUAUGAUGAGCCUGCUGGAAACAGCAGUGGCUCUCGUACUACUCGAAGUGGCAGUCUACAAGGAUACGGACUCAAGAUGAGUGUGGUGUGGAAAUUGAAGCCUGAGUUGUGGUCUCAUGUAUCUCCGCUGUUUGAGUGUUUUACGCCAUCGGAAGCACAGCAGUGCGAACAGAACAUCCGCAAAUAUCUACCCAAGUCGAAUGAACGAGACAACGUCUUGGCGACAGCAAUCGUCCUGCCCACGUUGCCACGCGCACAACUGGAAGGGGAGAGUAGCGUUGACAUGCACGCUUUGAUUGCCAAAACGAUGUUGAACUCGUCGUAUAUGGCCAGCGCUUUGUUCAUCAUUUUUGAGAACUACAAGCGGAAAACAGUGGCAUUGCGUCAACUUGAGCGAGGAAGUGGCGAAGCCCAGGACAGCUUGUGUUCGUACACCAACGAGAAUCUGUUGCUCGCAGCGCUGCAUUGUUUAUACGUGGCAGUUGAGAUGCUCCCUGAAGACACCCAGAAUCACCACCUGACAGUACGCAAGGUUUGCACUGACUCCAGCUGCAAACAGAAUCUGGAUGACAUUGCACACUGCUUUGAUGAAGAGAGCAGCUUAUUCGUCAAGCUUUGCACCGAUGUGCCCGUAGAAUCCACGUACCAUGACGUGAACGAAGUAGCGAGUUCAAGUUUGCUGUCGCUGCUGCUAUUCUUUGGUGAACAGAAAAACAGUCUGGAGGACUCGUGCGCUGUGGUGAAUCGGAUUCUUCAAUCAGUACGUGAGAAGUCGCCAGCCUGUUCAUUAUGUUUGGAUGCAAUGAUGCGUUCGAAGCUAGACAUCCAAGCUCAAGAACGUAUUAGUGGCUCUCAUCCUGAUAGCUUUGCCCUAUGCACGAGCGGUGACAUGGGUGAUAAGCAACCAAAACUCAGUGCGAAAGAGAUGAUGAGAAGACGGCAGCAGCAAAUAUUGGAGAAAAUGCGGUCGCAGCAGAUGCAGUUCCUGUCUUCUAGCAGCACCGCAGCAGAAGACGGCAAUUGCGAAAGCACAGGUGGCAAUACCAAAGGCAAUGGUCUGGAGAUCGACACUGAUAGCGACAGCGCCGGCGCAGCAAUAGAGUCUGAUGAUGAAAUGGAUGAAGACCACGAAGAGGAAGAUGAGUGGGGAUUCCCUACCGGGCAGGUAAGCGUGUCUUUGUAUUUAGACCACGUUUCGUCAGCCAUUGCUCAGGUGAUGGACAAGCAGCGGAGAUGUCAAGGCUGGAGACGGCGGCGAAGGCGAAGUACUCGGACUUCGUCAAUAUCGGUUGAAAACGACCACAUGGGACGAUUGUCUUCCGCAAGCUAUGACUACGGCUCAAUGGACGAUCGUUCGCUUCAAACUGAAGAGUGUGGUCUCUGUCGUUUGUCGUGUGACCCACGCUCCCGUGAAUCGUCGUUUGGUUUUGUGGGUAUGAUUUUGCCGACGAAUAUGCUUCAGAAAGUAGACAAAGUCUCGCCCUGCAGCACUGGUAGGGACGUCUGUUCUCUAUUACCACCGUGUCUGCCUUCAAGCCGCGUACUCAAACCGGGAACAAAUGAUGAAAUGCGCGUGCAGCUUGCGGAUAGCGUGAUUUGGAGUUGUGGCCACGCUAUUCACCACUCAUGCUUAGCGGCUUAUCUCAAGUCGCUGUGGCAACAAAAGCACGGCCGUGGUCCCGUAGAGCUGGCAAAUGGUGACGAUCGCUUGCUGAGCAAGCGUGACAUGGAGUUCUUGUGUCCGAUUUGUCGCCGGCUUUCGAAUUGCCUGGUUCCGUGCAUUUCUUUGGGAGAACUUCGCGAGCGAGUGUCUGCUUCUGAGUUUAUGAAGACGGGAUUCGGAUCGGAAGAGGAAGAAGAAGAAGAAAAGCAAGACGACGGACAGGAUCCACUGGCGUUCCUUCCAUGGCUGGACGCGCAAAUGAGUUUUCGUGAUGACUCGCCAGUUGUCAAGCGACGUCGUUCUCGGACGCAGUCGAGUAUGCGUUUGAGGCAGCGUUUGCAGUCAGCCACAUCGAAAUCGUCAUUAUCCUCUGAGCCCAUGUCCUCCUCUGCUGGGCUUACUUUGUCUUGUGGUGAGCGCCAGUCGCCUGAGCCAGACAGGAGCGUCGAGGGCGAGAUUGGCGUCUUCUGCCAGGAAAUCGUGCUACGUUGUGUGCGCGCACAGUUGUACCUACCGACGCUCCUGGCCAGUUCCAUUCGUGAUGAAGGUAGCUUGGACUUGGAAAUGCAGCAACUUGGCUCGGACUGCGGUGCUCAGACUCCUGCAUGGCAAUUGCUGUUGCGUUGUUUGGAGGUGCAGUUACGUGUGGUUGUGCGUGAGAAGACGCUGUUGCAGACAGAUGGUCUUGAUCCAUUACAGCUCCGGUCGAUGCGCCAGGUUGCAGACCUCACAGCAGUGGCAGUGGCCUCAACGUCGCCGAGUUCAUUGGCAUGGACAACAGUAGAAGCGCCAGCUGAGCAGCACUUUGAGAGCAUUAUGACACGGCUGAAUGGACUGAUAUUCGGCCAGCAAGUGCUUUUCGAAGAGGAUGACGCCGCAUGCCACACGAGGUGGAAUCGUUUUGGUCAACUGGAAAGCGGUGACUUCGAGGACACGACGGACGCGGCCUUAGUGGGGACGCCCAUGUUGUGUCAUCCGCGGUUGCUCACUUGUUUCGCACUGCGGUUGAUGUGGAGACAGAGCAUCGCGACACUCAGCGCUGACGUCGCUGCAGAGCAGCUGCUCACAGAAGCGUUUUUCUCGGCCCGUGUGUUAUUCACAGCCCAGGUCUUGCAGUCGCUUGCCCAUCUCUCGAUGCAAGAUGACCAACUCUUGUCAAGUGAUGAAGCGGGAAUUGAAGAAGAAUCGAAUGGCGUGAUUGUUCGUGCGGAAAUUCGUGACUUUGAUGGGGUCGAGUCGCUUCAGGAUGCAUCUGCGUGGAUUUCAUCGGUGCUCAUGCGAUGUCGCUUAGUGGAUAGCGAAUCGAUUAUGGCACCUGGCGCGACCGUCCACCGACCAUGGAAUACUACCGCUAUGGAAGAACAAGUGAGCAUGCUGUGCUUACCACUGGCUCAGCAGAUGCUUCUGCUCAUGGAUGUCCUGUUGUCCAUAUCACAUCAGCAUUUCAACGACAGUCAAGGCAGCAGCGAGUCCAAGUCAUCGCAAGUUGUCUCCGAGUCGUGUGCCGUGUGCGAAGGACUGUAUCCGUCGACAUCGACGUCAACCAGGGCUUCUGCAUUGCUUGACAAGUGUCUGCGACGACUCCAUUUGCCCCCGCUGAGACUGUUUUUCCAUCGGCAGAUGUUCCCGUCAAGUCAGCGUGCGUUAUGCCAGCUCUGGGGCGCCCAGCUCGAAGCAAAGGCUGCCGUCUCUCGACAGCAAGCACGCUCUCAAACGCAAGUGACUGGUGCUUCUUCCAUCGACGCUUUCCCGCUGAAGCAGCGCGUGAUGCUGCUCUCGUCUCGAGCUACUAGCGACAGAGCAAAGUACCGCAUGCUCAUUUCGCUGCCGCGUGUGUACAUGGAUCUCUUCAUUCGUUACAACGAGAAGCCCAUGGGAGUCUGCCGCCAGUGCGCUCAGGUCCCUCAGCAUCCAGGGCUGUGUCUCUUCUGUGGUGAAGUGCUGUGCUGUUUCUCAGCGUGCUGCGAGGCAAAAGAAGGCGGUGGCGUGGGGGAAUGUACGCAGCACGCUCAGCACUGCGGCCUUGGGUUAGGCGCUUUCUUGCUUCUGCGUGCAUGCACCGUGAUCCUUUUCUUUGGCAACGAGCGACGCUGCGUAUGGGGUAGCCUUUACGUGGACAAGAAUGGCGAAGAGGACCCGUACCUUCGUCGCGGUAAGACGUUGUACCUUGAUCCGAGUCGUUGCUUAGCGCUGGAGACGCUGCUGGUCUCGCACAGCUUCUCGCAGAACACCGCCAUUUUGCAAAACACAUCGAGGAGAGACGGGCGUCGAUAUUGA